AUGUGUUUUGAGAAAUGCACAAAAUACAUUGCAGUGGCUCUCAUUCCACUGGCUGUGCUGUGUGUCCUUGCUGAUCUGCUGCUCUAUUUCCCCAAUGGGGAGAUCCAGUUUGCCAUCAACAACAAGCUCACUAACUUUGUGUGGUUCUUUGAAGGGAUUGUUGGAGCCGGGCUUCUGGUGAUUUCAUCUUCUGUCAUGUUCACAUGUUUGGAAAAAACUGUUUCUUGUGGCUGCUAUGGAAACGCUGAGUGUGGGAGUGGCUGUUCUAUGCUUUGCUGGCUGCUGAUUGUCCUGAUUGGAAUAGGUGGCUCGGGAUACUGUUUCAUUGUUGCAGCCCUGGCUCUUACUGAAGGGCCUUACUGUUUAACCAGCAGAGGAUGGCGCUAUCCCUUUGCAAAUAGCUUUGGCAGCUACCUGUUUGAUCCCUCCGUAUGGAGAACAUGCACUGAACCAGCGAAUAUCGUGCUGUGGAAUGGGACUCUGUUCUCGGCUCUCCUGGCUCUCAGUGGCAUGGAGUUCAUCCUCUGCUUAGUUCAGUUAAUAAACGGGAUGCUGGUCGGGCUUUGUGGAAACUGUAACUGCUGGAAGCAGACCGUUGAGCCAGCGUGAAGAUGACACUCAAGAAAAGAGCUGAUCUAGUUCCAGAUAUACUUUGAAACCGUUUGUAAAAUGGGUUCCGUAUUAUUAUUUCGUGAACCAGUUCAUGAUACUUGACCUUUACUAGAAACUGUGUUCUUGUUAGCGAGUAGGUUGGUGAAGUGUUUAUGUGUAGUAAGAAUCUGAAAAGGAAAUGUGGAAGUAAAACUCAUUUUUGACAUAAUUAGCUUGAUCCCAUCCAGCCUCCUUGAAUGAAAACAAUCUGCAGAGCAGUAAAGCGGAGAGUGAAUCCAG